UAGUACACAGUACAUUUCUCUCUUUUCCUUUUCUUUCUCCUUUCUCUCUCUUCUUCGAAAAACCUAGCUGUCUUUCUCGGACGCUUUUUGGCGAACCAGCUGUUUCCUUAAUUCCAGCUUAAUUUCCUCAUUAGAUUGGAUCUGUUGAUUCUUAUUCCCUCAGCUGCGCAAUUAAUUCGUUCCGAGCUUCCUUUGCUUCAACUUUCAGGCCAAGUUUCUGAUUUGUGCCAAGAAAACUGUAAACAAUAUGUCUGUCUCAAUGAGAGACUUGGAUCCAGCAUUUCAAGGAGCUGGGCAGAAGGCUGGGAUUGAGAUAUGGCGAAUUGAGAAUUUUCGUCCCGUGCCCAUUUCUAAGUCUUCACAUGGCAAAUUUUUCACUGGAGACUCGUAUGUGAUUUUGAAGACUACUGCACUGAAAAAUGGUGCUCUGCGCCAUGAUAUUCAUUAUUGGCUGGGUAAAGAUACUUCUCAGGAUGAAGCUGGCACUGCAGCCAUUAAAACUGUGGAACUUGAUGCAGCUCUUGGUGGACGUGCUGUUCAAUAUCGUGAAGUACAAGGUCAUGAAACAGAAAAGUUCCUUUCUUAUUUUAAACCAUGUAUUAUUCCUCAAGAAGGUGGAGUAGCAUCAGGUUUCAAGGAUGCAGAGGCUGAAGAGCACAAGACCCGAUUGUUUGUAUGUAAAGGAAAGCAUGUUGUUCAUGUAAAAGAGGUUCCUUUUGCUCGCUCAUCCUUAAAUCAUGAUGACAUCUUUGUUCUCGACACCAAUUCUAAAAUUUUUCAGUUCAAUGGUUCCAACUCAUCUAUCCAAGAAAGAGCAAAAGCUCUAGAAGUUGUCCAAUACAUUAAAGAUACUUACCAUGACGGAAAAUGUGAGGUUGCCGCAAUUGAGGAUGGCAAAUUAAUGGCUGAUGCUGAGACUGGAGAGUUUUGGGGUUUCUUCGGUGGCUUUGCUCCCCUUCCAAGGAAAACCACCACCGAGGAGGCUAAAAGUACUGAUGAUAAUUCUACUAGAUUGUUUCGGGUUGAGAAGGGACAGGCGGAACCUAUUGAGGCUGAUUCUUUGACGAGGGAACUUUUGGAUACUAAUAGAUGCUAUAUUCUUGACUGUGGGACAGAGGUUUUCCUCUGGAUGGGCAGAGCUACUUCUCUUGAUGAAAGAAAAAGUGCAAGCGGAGCUGCUGAUGAGUUAGUGCGUAGCCUUGAUAGAGGAAAAUGUCACAUAGUACGUGUAAUUGAGGGGUUUGAGACUGUAAUUUUCCGGUCGAAGUUUGAUUCGUGGCCGCACUCAACUAGUGUAGCUGUAUCUGAGGAUGGAAGGGGCAAGGUUGCUGCACUUUUAAAGCGCCAAGGGGUUAAUGUGAAGGGCUUGUUGAAAGCUACACCUCCAAAGGAAGAGCCCCAGCCCUACAUAGACUGCACGGGCAAUCUGCAGGUUUGGCAUGUGAAUGGUCAAGAAAAGACUCUUCUUCCAUCAUCAGAUCAGUCCAAAUUUUACAGUGGAGACUGUUACAUCUUUCAGUAUUCAUAUGCCGGAGAAGACAAAGAAGAAUACCUCAUAGGGACAUGGUUUGGGAAGCAAAGUGUUGAGGAAGAUAGGGUCUCAGCAGCUUCACAGGCAAGCAAGAUGGUUGAAUCGCUUAAGUUCUUAGCUACUCAGGCUCGCAUCUAUGAAGGAAGUGAACCUAUCCAAUUUUUUGUAAUCUUUCAGAGCUUUAUUGUUUUCAAGGGUGGUCUUAGUGAAGGGUACAAGAAAUACAUAGCAGAUAAGGAACUUCAGGAUGACACGUACACAGAAGAUGGACUGGCAUUAUUCCGAGUUCAGGGUACUGGACCUGAGAAUAUGCAAGCUAUUCAAGUUGAACCGGUGGCAUCAUCCUUAAAUUCCUCCUACUGUUACAUAUUGCAUAGUGGGUCCUCCUUAUUUACGUGGUCUGGAAAUCUUACAACAGCUGAGGACCAGGAGCUGGUUGAGAGGCAGCUAGAUAUCAUAAAGCCCAACAUGCAGUGCAAAGUGCAAAAGGAAGGUGCAGAAUCUGAGCAAUUUUGGGAUUUGUUGAAUGGAAAAUCAGAAUACCCCAGCCAAAAAAUUGGAAGGGAUGCUGAAACUGAUCCUCAUUUGUUCUCAUGCACUUUCUCGAAAGGAGAUUUGAAGGUGACAGAGAUAUACAACUUCAACCAAGAUGACCUAAUGACUGAAGAUAUCUUCAUCCUUGACUGUCAUUUGGAUAUCUAUGUCUGGGUUGGCCAACAAGUUGAAUCAAAAAAUAAGACGCAGGCUCUAGCUAUUGGGGAGAAAUUUAUUGAACGUGAUUUUCUUCUGGAGAAAUUAUCUCCUCAAACUCCUAUAUAUAGUGUUGUUGAAGGGAGUGAGCCACCUUUCUUUACUCGUUUCUUCACCUGGGAUUCUGCUAAGUCUGGUAUGCAUGGGAACUCAUUCCAAAGAAAACUUGCUAUUCUUAAAGGUGGAGGCACUCCACAACUGGAUAAACCCAAAAGGAGAACACCUGUAUCCUAUGGUGGAAGAUCUCCUGCACCAGAAAAAUCACAACGAUCCAGAAGCAUGUCUUUCAGCCCUGACCGAGUUCGUGUGAGAGGCAGAUCCCCAGCCUUCAAUGCCUUAGCUGCAAAUUUUGAGAAUCCAAAUGCAAGGAAUCUUUCAACUCCUCCCCCAGUGGUAAGAAAGCUUUAUCCAAAGUCUGGGACCCCAGAGUCAGCACAACAGGCUUCCAGGUCAGCGGCUAUUGCAGCACUUAGUUCUGGCUUUGAACAACCAGCACCAGCUCGGGGAACUCUUAUACCUCGUUCUGUUAAAGCGAGUCCUGAGGCACCUAAACCAAAGCUGGAGACAAAUUCUAGAGAAAAUUCAACUGGCAGCUUAACAGAAUCACCUAAACUCAAACCAGAGACGAUACAGGAGGAUAUGAAAGAGGGUGAGGCUGAAGAUGAGGAAGGGCUUCCAACAUACCCAUAUGAACGGCUUAAAAUAGGAUCAUCAGAUCCAAUUACAGAAAUUGAUGUAACCAAGAGAGAGACUUAUCUGUCUUCAGAAGAGUUCAAAGAAAAAUUUGGGAUGGCUAAGGCUGCAUUCUACAAGUUGCCCAAAUGGAAACAGAACAAAUUGAAAAUGGCCAUUCAAUUGUUCUAGUGUGCUCGAGACAUCUGAAUCUAUCUCAGAUUGCUGAUGCAUCAACUGCAGAUGAAAGAAAUCCUGAUUAGAAAAAUUUGAGAUUACUUUCUCAAGUAUGCAAGAGACAGCAUUAGUGCAUUUUUAGCUGCUGCUGCUCCUAAGAGGCUUGUUUCCUUUAUUUUAGUGGACGAAAGUGAGGAGAUUAGCAUAUAUUUUUUGCAUAUGGCGGUCUGAAUACAUAGGUUUCGAUUGCUUUUUGUUUUUUCCUCCUCUUUAUUUGUCUAAGGUAGUCACUUCAUAUUCUUUUUUGGUCACAGGUUUGUUGUGAGCUUGUAUUUUUGUUUCCCUUUUUUGCGCAUAAUUUUUUCAUCAUCGAUUGAGCAGAGUAACUAGGGGGUUUGCGAAUGCAGACUUUUUAGGUUAUCUUGUAUUACGGGAAUGGGAAGUGUGUACAGGAUGUAAAACAACUCUUCACGGUAUUUAUUCAGCCAAUAAAAGUGUGAUCUUUUGGUUUA